AUGGUCGCUGGUGCGGAAGACUCUACUGACGUCCAGUGUCACGCCCCGCUGCCAGAAGCACGCAGUGCCGACGGCGCCCUCGAAGGCCGCCUUACGGUGCUCGCCGCUGGUAUGCCACUCAGAUAUGAAGUUGAAGUAGAAGGCGAACAGGUCGUCUGGCGUCCGGGGCGGGCGAGUGAGGAGGCAAUUCAGGAAGCCGCACAGCCUGGUGAGGGGCGACGAUGCGCCGCCGCAGAAGGCGCCGAGGACGUCCAUGAUGUGUCGGCCUGUGGAGGCACGGGAGGCCAGCCUGUCGAGCCAUCCGCCGUGCCGGGCGUUGUAGAGGCACCGGCGGUAGAGGAGAUACAGCUGUUGGUGGAGGCGUUUGAGCACAUCGUACAGCAGGCAGAGCAAAGCGUCGGCGUCGCCGGGGUAGAGCAGGCCUGCCGGAUCCCUCCACUUGCCGCCUUUGCCGCACUGCUCCGCCAGCCUGGUGAAGGCAUCGCACAGUGUCGGCAGCAGGGUGAGGAAGACCUUGGCGCACAUGGCGCCGUAUGGCGUCAGGCUGCUGACGUUUCUGACGGUGACGGACUUUGUGCCUUGCGAUCUUACGGUCUCGGUGAGGGUCUCAUGUUUGAGCAAGUCGGCGGUGAACUGUGCGCCCGAGUAGGCGGAGACGUACGCACACGUGAACUCGGCGACGAACUUUGUGAGCCCCUCCGCCAGACCGUCCAGCAGGGGACUUGA